AUGGCUGAAGGACGGCUGUCCAAAUGGCUAAUUCAAAUGUCUAGUAUAGAUGCGGAGUUUGUUACGAAGAAGACGGUCAAAGGUCGGGUUGUUGCAGAAUUUCUGGCUGAGAAUCCCAUUGCAGAUGAUGAAUCAUGGGAAUUAGAAUUUUCAGAUGAACAUUUGUUAUGCGUUGAAAAGGGGGGCUGGAAACUAUACAUUAAUGGGUCAACUAAUAGAAAUGGAGCUGGAGCUGGUAUUGUGAUAGAAGCACCCAAUGGCGAGGUGACAACAAUGUGCAAAAGGUUGUUGUUUCCAGUCACCAAUAAUAUGGCAGAAUAUGAAGCGUGUAUCAUGGGAAUUGAUUCUCUUCUUGCAUCAGGUGCUAAGGAAGUUGAAGUGAUAGGAGAUUCACUAUUAGUUAUCGAACAUGCUAACGAGAGAUGGAGAGUGGAGGGAGAAAGGUUGAAGCCCUAUGUUGAGUACUUGUUGAAGAAAGCAGCACUCUUUGACAGGAUCACCUUUACUCACAUAGGAAGAACUCAUAACAGAAUCCUAGAUGCCUUGGCAAACCUAGCGUCAGCAUGGCAAGAUUUGAGUAAAGUCCCAAAGAAGCCAUUUAUAUUCAUUACCGCCCCAGCAAAUAUCCCCAUGCUAUGA